AUGACGCCAAGACUCGGCUUCCUCUCGAAACGGUAUAAGCCUGGGACUGGGCAACUGGACCCCCAGACAGCGGAAGUCUUUGUGUUGUUUUCCUUGUUCUCGUACGCGGACACCUCCAAGACCAUCAAGAUCCCCUUCGGCACUCAGGUCAUCGGCGACCACAUUGGAGAGACGUGGUCGCAAGUCGCCGCCUUCGGGCUGGCAUUCCCAGACGCGAGUGAUCCGAAAGUUAUGACCAGAGUCGACAGCCCGGGCGAGGUCAGCGAUGUAGAAAUGCAGGAUCUCUUCUCCACCACUCAGAGCCCAACGGCUGACUGCCAUGUCCGCAUAGGAGGCGUCACCGGGACGAGCGGCAUCAACCCUGACUGCCACGGAGCGAGCUUGACGACGCAUAUUGCAUCCAAAGCCUCCGGAUACUUUGAUAAUGUGUGGCUUUGGGUGGCUGACUACGAUAUUGAUGAUCCUGAUCUCAACGGCGCGAACAACACGAUGAUAAGUACACUACUGUCAUUAGCCAAGAGAAAGACGAAUCUAACCUCUCACGAUCCAAGUCCAAACAUCCAUAUGUGUGGGCCGUGGCCUCCUAGUCGAAAGCCGGGGGACGACGUGGCUAUACGGAACGUCUUCCAAGCAUGCUGUCUACUACCACCUUUCGAGGGCAUCGUCGGCAAGAUAGCCGGAAAUCCGAGCUACGGCUACGACGGCGGUGACUUCGACGGCGGUUAUACUCCCAAGGUUUCAUUGUCAGGGGAAGCCAGAACGUCUAUUAGUAGCCGUAUCCUUCGCGAUACAAGCCCUGUGGGGUACAUAUUAUUCGCGUAA